CACUUUGCUCUUAUCAAGUAUUUACAGCUUGAAGACGCGGUUCACGGCAACUCGGAGUUUUGUACGCUACGUGAGUCUCGUCAGCGGGUCCAGCCGGCGAGGAUCAUCCUGCGGAAAGCGAAACCAAAGCAUAGCAGAGGCAGUGCUCGGCUGCCCCUUCACACCCACUGCAACCUUUCUUCGAACAAAGGUCACCCGUGGCUCGCACCCCUCGCUAAAUAUGAGCUUUAAGAAACUCGGAGUGAAGGAAUUGGACGUCAAGGACAAGAGAGUCAUCAUUAGAGUUGACUUCAACGUGCCGCUUAAGGAUGGAAAAAUUACAAAUAACCAGAGAAUUGUGGCAGCUCUGGACACCGUGAAGUUCGUUCUAGAUAAAGGCGCAAAAUCCGUGGUGUUGAUGAGCCACUUGGGCCGUCCGGAUGGCCAUGUUGACAUGAAAUUCACUCUAGCCCCUGUUGCCGAGGAAUUGAAGCAAUUGCUGAAAAGAGAUAUCAAGUUCCUGCCAGACUGUGUGGGACCCGAGACUGAAAAGGCAUGUGCCGAUCCUCCGCAUGGUUCUGUCUUUUUGCUGGAGAACCUGAGGUUUCACGUAGAGGAGGAAGGAAAGGGAGUCGACGCAAAUGGACAAAAGAUCAAGGCAUCUCCUGAGGCGACAGCUGCUUUUCAAGCAUCCCUGACUAAACUUGGUGAUGUCUUUGUCAACGAUGCAUUUGGAACUGCUCAUAGAGCUCACAGUUCUAUGGUCGGUAUCAAACAUGACAAGAGGGCUGCUGGUAUUCUGAUGAAGAAGGAGCUGGACUAUUUUAGUAAAGCAUUAGAUAACCCUGCACGCCCCUUCCUGGCCAUCUUGGGAGGAGCCAAGGUGAAGGACAAGAUUCAGCUCAUUGAAAACCUGUUGGACAAGGUUAAUGAAAUGAUCAUUGGUGGAGGAAUGGCAUUCACUUUCUUGAAGGUUACGGAAAACAUGGAGAUUGGAAGCUCUCUGUUCGAUAGCGAUGGGGCAGGCAUUGUCAACAAGCUGCUAGAGAAGGCAAAGAAGAACAACGUUCAGAUUCAUCUUCCUGUUGACUUCGUCACGGGUGAUAAGUUUGAUGAGCAUGCAACCGUAGGAAAGGGCACUGUGAAGACUGGAGUGCCACAUGGCUGUAUGGGCCUGGAUGUGGGUCCUGAGAGCACGGCCAAAUUCCAAGAGGCAGUGAGGAGGGCUAAGACAGUUGUGUGGAAUGGCCCCAUGGGUGUGUUCGAGUGGGAUAAUUUUGCCUCUGGUACCAAAGGUGUCAUGGACGCUGUUGUUGAGGUUACCAAGAAGGGAACCAUUACAAUUAUUGGUGGUGGUGACACUGCAACCUGCUGUGCCAAGUGGAACACUGAGGACAAGGUCAGUCAUGUCAGCACUGGUGGUGGAGCCAGCCUUGAGCUUCUGGAGGGCAAAGUCCUCCCUGGUGUUGCCUACCUUUCCGAUGCCUCUGGGGCAGGAGGUGGUUGCGGCUGUUGCUUCAACCCCGUGGCUGUGGCUAAGCGCUACCCAGUUCAGACAGCAGUGGUUUUGCUUGUCAGCAUGGGCGUGAUAAUGGCCAUCUACAGGGCUCGUCGUCAGCGAUGAAACACCCGACGCAACCUUGAUAUGCUUGCUGCACUUGCCAGUGUCUUGACGCAACUUAGCAAUAAUUAUUUUGGAAGGAAUUGGCAGCUUACAUUGCACUUUUUUCAAAAAAUCGUGUGUCUUUGUAAGCUCAACAUUUGUUUGUAUCCAAAAAAAAAAAAAAAAACACACUGUUACCUUGCAAACAAAUGAUGUACUUCAUCAAGAGUAAACCCCAAGAAGGCAUUGAGGGGCACUUCAAAGUAUGUCUUGAUAACACUUGAUAACAAAACUACUCAGAUUACUUGCAAUGCUUCUUGUAAAUUGCUGUAAGACUUGUCAGCUUGGUUCAUUGAUGACGAACAUUAAAGAAUGUAGAGCAGCAAAGCGCAUUGCAACGGAUAGUUGCUUAGUCUGUAUGAGAAGUGAACUGACAACAGUGUACAACAAAAUAUCACUAGGAGUGACCAGAAACUGGUAAGAAAUACAUGAUAAACUAAAUUGUACUGGUUAAAUAUAAAGGGCUGAAUCAAAUUUAGAAUGUAAGUUUAGUUUGAUACUUUACUGAACAAAUUACUUAUAUUGGCAAACCUAAUGCAAAAGCAACAGCUUUCCUCUCUGCAAAUGAUCUUCAAUGCAGAAUACACUUCAGUACCUUUGAGCACAUUCCAUGCCUUGAUUUGUGUGCAUGCACCUGCAUCUGCCACGUACUCAAAACAUUACUUAUAGUUUGUUUCAUUUUCAGCAGGCAGUCUCAAAAGCUAGAUCAGCCUAUCGCACAGCCUUUUAGGUGGUUGCAGAUCUGCAUUGGGAAAUAGGCAGAGCGCCACAUUUGUAUGACUACAGAGUUUAGGCAGCUGCUACCGUGAGCUGUGUGCAUUUGAAACUGAAAUAUAGCAUCACAUACUAGUGGAAGCAAGUAUAGACAUUACUGUGAUUUGAGGUAACAUUACUUCGAUGUGGUUUAUAGAGGUAAACCUCAAUAUAACGAAGUCGGUAAAAUUGGCACUUUGCUUUGUUGUAGCGAAAUUUAGCUGUAUCAAAAUUCAGCCGUUUAUGCAAAUAAGUACAGUCGCCUAUAGACUAUCAGGAAAAGUGCCGGCAGCGGGGAGCGAAUUCUGUCUGCCUCUCGCUUUAAUGCGUCUCCAAAACUCUAGAUAAUGUAACCUCUGGCACUAAAUGCGCAAGAAGACAGCGCACGAUACCACGCUAUCUCAGCUUGCCCACUCUUUGCACACCCGGCAUAUUACCUAUAAAACAGGGUGUACAAGCUGCAUAUGCAUUCACCCACGAUGACAGCGAUGUGCAGCGACGCUGCGGUAGAAAUGGAGAUGCGUUGUGCCAACUGCCAAUUUUAUUAUUUCGGUAUUCCUUCACGGCAGCAGUGAAAUUUCAUAUUGAAAUUGUGUAAAACACACUUCAUUAUAUAUUGAGGAUCAAAAUACAUGGUCUUAAGUUAUGAAAAAUGAAAUACUUCAUUAUGUCAAUAAUUUUGUUAUAUUGAAGUUCGCUAUAUCGAGGUUUAACUGUAGUUGUAACAUAUGAAUCAGUUAUUCCAUACAGCAUCACAAUUCCGAACUUAUAUGCCAUGAAACUCUUGGAGUGGCAGAUUUAUGUGACUACAUUGCUUCCAUUGUACAUUGCCUGCUACUACAUUUGAAAUGGAGUACAGGCAUGUUGUCUCCCAUGAUUAUGAGUAGGGACUUUUACAUAGUGAGUUUGCUAAGAUUAGACACUCCUGAACUUCCACAUACUUUAUCGUGUGACACAGUGUCAGUGUUUGUAAUGGCCAUAGCAGCUGAAUUGACAGGUCUAACGCUUACGUGUGAGUGGGUCAUGAAGAGCACCAUGGUGAUAACACAAUAUGUACGAAAAUGAGGGUCUUUUUUAUACCCCUGUCACACGGCACAUGUAAUGUCAUUUGCAGUAAAUGACAUUCAUACCGAAUGUCAUUGCGGUCUUGGGUUCCCAGUCUACACGAGUAAACAAAAUGGCAUUCGCAAUUGAUGGCAAUGUUUAUCGGCAGGCUGCUAUGAUAACGAAACCCUACAAAUCGAGCUUCUUGUUUACAUCUUUUCAAUAUAUUGUUAACAACACAAUGGUAAACAUUGGAUGAUUAUCUGAAAAUAUAUUACAUUUCAUUUUAACUUAUCUAUUUUGUAAUUUUUUGCCAAGCCCCUGUCGUCGAGAGCACUCAAGUAGCGCAUGAAUGAGUUAGCAGUGAAUGUCAUUCACUAUGCCCGUGUAGAAGCAACAAAAUGGCAUUAACACGUAAUCUCAUUCGUUACCUAAAGCAGUAACUUUAAUUCAAGACUGGCCAGUUUUAUAUCGUGACUGGCUUUGGAGAUGAUAGCCAUGCCUUCAGAACUGUGCCCUUUAGCUUUGCCCACGUGUGUAAAUGCUUCAUUAUGUCGCAACACACUUCUCCGCAAGAAAUGUGCUUUAUCAAAUGUUACAGUUCAUUAGAGAAUAUUGACACUGCAUGCAUCGUUUAUAGAUUUAACUACUGUUUGAAAACCAUAAUUUAGGGAAUAAGUGCAACUGCAUGAAACCAAAGUAAAAGGUGAAAAUAGCCUGUGGUGUAUUUUGACUAGGGAUGGUGCAAAUAGUCAUUUUAUAAUUAAAUUUGCUAAUACAAUCAUUUGGACAAAACUCGCUUCAAAUGUUUAAUUGAGCAUCACAUGUCAUUCUUUUUCUAAAGAGGGCCAAACUGAUUUACACCCAUAAUUAAAGUUUUAAAUACCACUUAAUGAGACUUCAGCCCACCAGAAAACUUGCAAGAGUGGACAGCAAGAGAAUGGUAGUAAGUUUGUGUGAUCAUAAUUAUGAACAAGACAGAACUGCACAUAAGGCAGUUAACUUCUUGUCACUCAUUGCUAAUGCAACCUUGACAGUGGCUGCAAUUUCAUUCAAAAGGAGACAUAUAACUACAGAUACGCACAUGUAAGCACACUAAGCUCCACCAAAGUGUAAAAAGAAAAA